AUUUGUUCUAGUAAGGUGGAAGUGUGUUAUUUUUUUAUUUAUUGCACUGGAUAAAAAUGUUGUACAUAAAGGUAAUAAUAUCCACACUUUGCAUCGUUGCAUCAGAUGUCUUAGGAGGAGCAAUUACAGAAUAUCCCGAUGAGGGAUACACAGGAAAAGACGACUAUUAUGCGCAUCCAAAAUACGCUUUUAAAUACGGUGUCCAUGAUCCAUCUACCGGCGACGUGAAGAGUCAAAAAGAAGUACGAGAUGGUGACGUUGUGAAAGGACAGUACUCACUAGUAGAACCCGAUGGUUCGAUUCGUACCGUCGACUAUGUAGCGGAUCCUGUAAAUGGAUUUAACGCAGUUGUAUCGAAAACUGGGCCAUCUGUACAUAUUGCACAAGAACCUGUUGCCAUUAAGAAAGUAGUACCGACUUAUGUAAACCAAGUAGUACCAGUCGUCAGGCCGAUAUACCAGAAAAUAGUAGCGCAACCUGUAUAUAAAUAUACGUCGACGUUAGGAUUGAAUGACAUCUACCAGGGUUAUGGCUACGAAGACGGUUAUGACAUAAGUCCAUAUCUUCAGGAUGUUCAUGAUGAGCAUUUAUAUUAGCCAACAAAAUACGCUACUGUACUACUAUUGUUAAAAUAUUGUUAAAUUUAUUAAGUAUUUUAAGUUAAAUAUAUUAUAUUUAGUAAUAAAAAACAAAACAAGA